AAAUUAUAAAUAUCCUGUAAUUGUUAGUCAUUGUCAAGCCAACUGCUAUUCGAGUAUCAACCAUGUCAUCCAUCAAGAUUAUUUCGACUCUAUUUGUUAUCUACCUAUCUUCAGUAAGAUGUUCUGUAGCACCGGCAGUAGCUCUUGCACAACCUGGCAUCGCUUACACAAGGAUAGCUCCACCAAGUACCCUCCCAUUUGCUGCUAGUGUAAGCACUUUUACUAAAGGUCUCAACGUGUAUGCGGCCCCUUAUGCGGCUGGUGUGGCCCCCCUUCCUUACUUCACAAGAUCGUUGUAUCCCUCAGCACCAGUUUAUCCAUCAGCUUAUUCUCCAAAUUACAUUCCUGCUGGUGUAGCUCCAGCUCCUGCUGUGAUCACUUCAAACACUUUAGUUCCUUCUCCUCUCUUCCCCAACUCAUUCAGGGUGUCCCCUAAUUUCCUAACAAGGUCAGUGCCAGUUCCUGCUUAUCCAGGUUAUGCAGGAGUGCCAGCAUCUGCUCCUGGUGCUGUAGUUCCAUCUUCGCUUCUGCCUGCUCCCUUUGGCGUAGAUGGUAGGGCGGUUGUAGCUCCGUCAGUUCCUGUUGCGCCUACUUUUGGUUGAGUCCUGCAGUUCUCUACCUCAUGUAGACUCGUUUGUAAAUGAAAGUUACUAUUAAUGAAAUUAUUUUUUUAUGUGAUAUUAAUAAAGCAUUCGAAAUGAAAAA